AUGGCGAAAGGUGUAGUAGUUAUAAAGAAUAAGAAAGCAGUUGGUGUAGAAUUCUAUCACAAAGGAACACUGAAAUCAGUUUCUGUAAAUAAAGAGAUUAUUCUAUCAGCUGGUGCUUUAUCUUCUCCUCAGAUUUUAAUGCUGUCAGGGAUUGGACCAAAAGAACACCUGAAGUCACAUGGGAUACCAGUCGUAGUUGAUUUACCAGUGGGUGAUAAUUUACAAGAUCAUAUUUGUUUUUUGAGCUACUAUAAAACAAAAGAACUCGUCUUUAAUUCUCCUAACAAAACAGACUCUUUAUGGACGUUAGCCCAGUAUUUAACAACCAAAUCAGGUUUGUUGGCGACACCUGGAGGUAUAGAAUCAAUAGCUUUUAUAUCCACGGAUCCAAAAAGACCCGAAUAUCCAGAUUUAGAAAUUCAUGGAGAAGAUAUGCUUUUUAACGAAGAUGCGAUAGAGGGUGAACUUGGAGUAGACCCUAAGUAUGCCAAGUAUUAUUCUGGUAUAAACGAUAUAAACGGUUUUAUUCUGUCCUUUAAUUUAUUAAGACCAAAAAGUCACGGUUCAGUUCGUCUAAACAGUACCGAUGCCAUGCAACAUCCGAUCAUUGAUCCAAGAUAUUUAGAAAACAAGGAAGAUGUGGAGAGUUUGCUACGAGGUGUUCGUUUUUCACAGAAACUGACUGAAACCAAGACUUUCAAAUCUCAGGGAACGGAAUUUUUCCAUAAACCAUUUUCACCAUGUUUAGAAAAAUCUAAAUUUGAUAGUGAUGAAUAUUGGCGAUGUUAUAUAAGGUAUUUUACACUGGUUAUCUUCCAUUCUACCGGAACUUGUAAAAUGGGACGUACAGAAGAUCCAACCACAGUAGUGGAUCCACAACUAAGAGUGAAAGGCAUCCAUGGACUGCGAGUAGCUGAUGCUUCUAUCAUGCCAUCCAUAGUAUCCGGCAACACUAACGCACCGUGUAUAAUGAUAGGUGAAAAAGCCGCGGAUAUGAUUCUAGGUAUAAAACCACCAACACCUCUAUCGGACAUGUAGCUGUAUAUACCAUAACAGAGUGUUCAACCGUUAUCUUUGUGGUCGACCGCUAUAUACGUAUAUUUGUGUUCAACCGCUAUACGUAUCUUUUUGUUCAACCGUUAUAAUUAUCAGAGUUUUAAACCGUUAUAAUUACCAGAGUUUUAAACCCUUAUAACGACCGAGUAUUAAACCGGUAUAACUAUCACAGUAUUAUACCAUUAUAUCUAUCAGAGUUUUAAACCCUUAUAAUUAUCAGAAUGUUGAACCAUUACAACUACCAGAGUGGUAACCCUUUAGGACUGUCAGGUUGCCAAACCAUUAGGACUAUCAGAGUGUCAAACCAUUAGGACUAUCAGAGUGUAAACCAUUAGAACUAUCAGAGUGUCAGACCGUCAGGAUUGCCAGGGUGUUAAACCGCUAGGACUAUCAGAGUGUCAAACCGUCAGGAUUGCCAGGGUGCUAGGAUUAUCGGAGUGCCAAACCGUCAGGAUUAUCGGAGUGUUAAACCGUUAAGACUAUCAGAGUGUUAAACCGUUAUUUGACAUAGACUUUAUGAUAUUUUAGAAUCAAUGAACAAGAUUUUAAAGUGAAAGUAGUCCUACCAUUGCGGUCAAACCUUACAGGUUGUUUUUUAAAGAUAAGCGUUAAAUGAAAAUGAAAAUCUUAUUUGGGUUAGCCGAGAUGGAGCAGAGUUAAAAUUAAUCCUCAUUUCAAUUCUAUUUUGGGCUAGCACGGAUGGGUCAGAAACGCAGGGCGUUAAGGUUAGACCUCUUUUCAAUUCUAUUUUGGGCAUCCCUAAAGGUGAAAUAGCCUUUUUUGGCAUUAUUUAAAAAUAAAAUACAGCUACGUUUGUGGAAUCCAGAAAUUAAAAAUGAUAUUUCUCACAAAUACAUUGAGAUCAGCCGGGUGUCUAGGACAUAAUUAUAUAUAUUUUUAAAACUACCGUGGGGCUACUCUCAAUGUAAUAUAGACAGUAAUCCUGGGGUUUC